AUGGUUUAUUUGGCGGUCCGCAAUAGGAGAUGUUUUAAUAGCUGCUGUAUGGGGACGCUAUGCUUGCAGUUGUUGCUGUGGAUUUUAUGUGCCGUGAACGGAGAGGAGCAGCCGUUCAGUGUAGAGGCAUGGCUCCAGAGGUAUGGCUACCUUCCUCCUGCAGACCCCAGAAUGUCGGUGCUGCGUUCUGCUCGAGUCAUGCAGUCCGCUAUCGCUGCCAUGCAGCGCCGCUACGGCCUCAAUGUUACAGGGUCUCUGGACAGCAGCACUAUAGGCGAUAACACGAUAAGGUGGAUGAGGAAGCCCAGAUGUGGCGUUCCUGACCAGAUAGGAGGUGCAUCCAGAUUCAGUGUCAGGAAACGGCGGUAUGCCCUUACAGGACAGAAGUGGCAACAUAAACAUAUCACAUACAGCAUAAAGAACGUGACACCCAAAGUGGGCGCAGAGGAGACCCACGAUGCCAUUCGGCGAGCCUUUGACGUUUGGCAAAAUGUGACGCCGCUGCGCUUCGAGGCUGUGCCCUACAGCGAGCUGGAGAGGACCAAGAAAGAUGUGGACAUCACCAUCAUCUUUGCCUCAGGUUUCCAUGGCGACAGCUCGCCCUUUGACGGCGAGGGUGGCUUCCUGGCCCACGCCUACUUUCCAGGGCCGGGAAUAGGAGGCGACACACACUUUGACUCGGAUGAACCGUGGACAUUGGGCAACCCCAACCAUGACGGUAACGAUUUGUUCCUGGUGGCGGUCCACGAGCUCGGCCACGCGCUGGGCCUCGAACACUCCAAUGACCCCACGGCCAUCAUGGCUCCUUUCUACCAGUACAUGGACACUGACAACUUCAAACUGCCCAUGGACGACCUGCUGGGCAUCCAGAAGAUUUAUGGGCCUCCUGAUAAGCUUCCCCAGCCCACCAAGCCUUUGCCAACGGCGCCCCUUCCUCGCUCCCAUCCGCCAUCAGACCCCCGCAAGCCAGACAGGCAGACACGACCUCCGAGGCUGCCCCCAGGAGAUAGGCCGUCCCACCCCAACGCUAAACCCCACAUCUGCGAUGGAGGCUUCAACACCCUGGCCAUACUGAGGAGAGAAAUGUUCGUAUUCAAGGAUCACUGGUUUUGGCGGGUGAGAGACAACUCGGUAAUGCCUGGGUACCCCAUGCUCAUCAGUGUUUUCUGGAGGGGCCUGCCGCCCAAGAUAGACGCCGUCUACGAGAACAGCGAGGGCAAGUUUGUCUUUUUCAAAGGGAAGCAGUUCUGGGUGUUUAAGGACACGGUGUUGCAGUCCGGAUACCCCAAGGACAUCAGCCAGUUCGGCCACGGCAUGCCAGCCCAGAGCAUCGAGACGGCUGUGUGGUGGGAGGAUGUGGCCAAGACCUACUUCUUUAAAGGAGACAGGUACUGGCGUUACAAUGAGGAAAUGAGAACCAUGGACCCCGGCUACCCCAAGCCCGUCACAGUGUGGAGAGGUGUGCCUGAUUCGCCACAGGGGGCCUUCGUCGACAAAGCCAAUGGUUUCACCUACUUCUACAAGGGCAAGGAGUACUGGAAGUUCAGCAACCAGUUCCUUCGUGUGGAGCCGGGCUACCCGCGUUCCAUCCUUAAGGACUUCAUGGGCUGCGAUCUGACGCCCAUCGACCCCGGCCGGCCGCCAGCCGACGACGGCAACACGGACGUGGUGAUCGAGCUGGAAAACGAGGCGAACACGGUGAAGGCCAUCGCCAUCGUCAUCCCCUGCGUGCUCGCGCUGUGCCUGCUGGUGCUGGUCUACACUGUGGUGCAGUUCAAGAGGAAGGGUACGCCACGCCACAUACUGUACUGCAAACGCUCCAUGCAGGAAUGGGUCUGAAAGAUCGGCGAGAGAUGACAUGAAAAGAGAGGAUGAGACAGGUAAGAAAUAGGAUGACAGUCCCCACUUUCACAGAGGAGGACAGUGGACUUUUGGACAUUUUUAGUGAAAAGACACUGCCACGCCUCCUCCUUUUGGGCGAUCUGAUACCUUCGUUCAGACCUCCAAAAACUACCAGACAGCCUGUCGGCGGCCCCUCACACAUAAGGUGACCCCAGGACUUAAAAGUUGACUCCGCUAACCCUCAGCCUUUUUAACAAACGGGGGAGCAGAGGGACAGUUUGUGGGGGAUCUUUGCCUGAUAUGACAUUCAGUCCCAGUAAAAAAAACAACAAAAAAUAAAAAAACAAGAGGGUCGGCAUCACUUUGUAUCUCAGAAACUUGACUUCCUAUCCCAUUCCUCUUUUAUUUCUUUGCCAGACUGCUCUUCUUUAGAAGGAGGACUUUCACGGGGAUGCACUCUUCCCACAGGGCACUGCAUUGUCAUCUGUCAUAUCAGGUUGUUGAUUAAAAAAAAAAAAAAAAAAAAAUUUUAUAUUUUCUGAUCUUGGUGCCCGCCCGCUUCAUACUGCGCUUAAAAAGAUUAACAGUCUCAGAUAAACGCGAGUUAAUCACAUUACCAAUUGUCAAUCCCUUUUCUGUAUUGUCUUCCUUUUUUUUUAUUUCUAGUUUUUUUAUUUUAAUUCUUUUGGGUCCUCACUGUUCCCUUUAAAACGCUCCUGAGGAAGAGACCAAACGAAACCAAAUAAAAUCAAUUUCUCUCCAAAGAGGAUCUCUUUUUUUAUUUUAUUUUUUCUCUCUCUCUCUCUCUCUCUCUCUCUCUCUUUCUCUCAUUUCGGUUCAUCCUUCCUUCCUUUCUCUGGAUCUUUUGAAGCAAUUAAGAGUCGGGGAGCUCUGACUGUUGUGGCAGUCUGUUUGAGACACAGGGGCCAAAUUAUUCUGCAAUAUUUUAACUCGCCUUAAAUAUACAUCAUACUACUUGUGCUUGGUUUUGCUGUUCUUGGAGUUGUUUUCUUUUUUUCAUUUGUAUACCGCUUUUGUUUUUGUUUGUUUGUUUGUAAAAAGAAGCUAAUUGAGAGCUUCUUGUGAUGGUAUUUUAUGGUUUUUAUUAUGUUACCCAGAAUUCUCAGCACUGGCUUGCUGAGCCAUUCUGGACAGAAUAUACACUAGGGUCAGCCUGUAUUGAGAGUAAUGUAUUGUAUCGUAAAAAGAUCGGAAGGGUCAGAAUUCCUAUCUCGGAAGGUUCUGGAGUAAAGCCACUAUUUUUGUGUGUUUAUAAGAUAUUUGUUACUGUUACUUUUAUCAUUUCCAUAAGACAGAAAUCAGGCUAAUCAUGAGCUUGAGAGCUUGUUACUGGAUUUUAUGUUUUUGUCCUUGGCCCAUAUCCCCCUCAGUUUAAAGAAGUGUGCAUCCAAAAUGGUCAUUCUGUAUGGUUAUUUGUGAAUGGACAGACCAUUUUUUUUUUUUUUUUUAAAGAAUCCUGUUGACUGCCUUGUUUGAGAGAGCUUACAGUUCCCAGAAUGCUCUUGUCUCCUGACUAAGGAACCACAAAGUGAGACACCAAGUCAAGAUCAGUGCCUGUGUCAACAUGCAUGCAAGACUUUACUGUACAUCCAACCGGUUCUGCUCAACGUGGCUUUGAAACCCCUCAAAAGCUGAGGAGGAAGUUUUCUCUUGAAAAUACUGUUUGCAUUUAUUUUUGUUCAUUUCAAGUGUACCCCAAUCCCCCCUACCCUUACCUCCAGGUACAAUUAAAUCUAAGAAAAACCUUUAAACGAUUCAAGUGGCACAGUACAUUUGGGAACUCUUUGGGAAAUCUUAUGGGUAAUUGGAAAAUCAAAUUGGCUUCAGCAAACAAACCAACCGUUAGCGAACAUGUAGUGUCCUCGCUGUCAUGGCGAGCAGUCUUUGAAUGUGUGUGUCUGUGUUCAUGACCACAUACUGGUUUUUCUUUCUUUCCUGUUUUCUGGUCAAAACAAAUUGGACAUCUCACAAUGACUUCUUUGUGUAAGACUUUGGGACAACGGGGAAACGUGUCCUGACAGAAUGAAUAAAUUGAUCAAUAUAUGAUUAAGAUUUGCCUUCGAA